GGGAAAUGAGCAUGAAAUGUGAUUCCCCAAAGCUUCUGACGGUUGAUUGGAGAACCUGCUGCGUCUUUAGUUGAGUUUCCACAGCCAGGUGCUUCUCCACAAGUGACCCUUGGACAGUAACAAAACAUAAAAGCACGAACCCAAACCCCGCCACCAUCAUAGGUCUGAAGUUAUUGUGCAAUCAGUAAGCCAUGGCCUCUAAGAAAUUUGCUGUUAAAUGUGGGAAUUUUGCUGUCCUGGUGGAUCUUCAUAUAUUGCCGCAAGGUUCCAACAAAGAUACCAGCUGGUUUUCUGAACAGAAGAAAGAGGAAGUCUGUUUACUGUUAAAAGAAACCAUUGAUUCGAGAGUUAAGGAGUACUUGGAAGUUCGUAAACAGCAUAGGCCGUCAAACACAGAAUUCACAAGAUCCAGUCCCUUGUCCUUAAAAGGAUAUGGCUUUCAAAUUACAGCUUACUUCCUCAAGAGAGGGAUACGCCUUCGCUGCAUCAGGGGCACACAGAAUGCUGAACUCCAGGUAUUCCCUGACAGAUUUGUGGUCUGUGUAAGUCAGCUUGCAUUCAGCCAUGAUCAUUUGGCAAGUCAGAAUGAAGAAUUGACAGAAAGAGCUCUCCACGGAGUGUCUGAUUACUUUGCUGAGUGUGCAGAGAGUCCACUUCCUCCCAGUGCAAAGUUCCGGAGAAAUGCUCUGAAAGAAAUUGUGAAAAGAACUGAAACAAAAAGUAGCAGCGUGAGCAAAUCACAGACCAGCACGGACAUUGUGGGGACGUCUAGUGACUCCAUGAUUGCAGAGAUAGCAAGGAAGAGGAAUGAUGGUCAGGCCUCCUCCAGUCCCCUGUCAGAAUCCACGGGACAAGCAAAGGGUUACAUAAAGGCAGCUGAGAGCCACUGGGGGCUUCCUGUUCAAAAGCUGGAAACUGUUAAUCAGACCCAGGCAGGAGACACCAGCAGCCAGCAAAAACCUCAUCCUGGGGAGCGGUUGAAGACGGGGCUUCUAAGCGGGAGCCCGGUCUGUAGCUGUGAGUCAGCAUCACCGGGUCCAAAACAAAGUCCACGAAUGGCCAGAACACAACUGAAACGCAGGAACUGCGGCUCUGCGGAAGACUUCGACCACCGCAAGAGAGUUUCUCUUGGAAGUGAUCGAUUAGUCCCAAGGGAAGUAAUAGUGGAAAAAAGCAAAACUGUCAGGGUGUUGCCAACUUUAGAGUUGUCAGAUCCGGGGUUACUUUUGAAACAAGAUUUGGCAAAAACCACGUCUAAGGAAGAGUUGCAUGUUUUGGAAAAUCUCUCCUCCAGACGUCUUAUGAAAAAUAACCCAGCGGCACAGCAAACCGGCUCAGCCGCGAACACUGAAAGAUUAUCUGUGAUGCAGAGCCGCCCAGCCAAGAAAAGAAAGAAAUGCGAAAGAGGCCACAGAUACUAAAGAGCAUUACAAAGCCAUCAUUAAGGCUAUAGUGGCCAAACCUGUGAUAAGAGGGCCUCAUGUAUAGAUGCUGGGAUUUUAAAGGAAUUAAUUGGAAUGAUUAUUUUAAAUAGCAAAUAGAUAUCUGCCUCAGGAUUUGUUUUCAAAGCAGUCACUUUUAGGAGGAUAUAUGCUUAUUCUAACAAUAUUGCUACUUUCUCAUCAUACUUUGUAACUGUCUUCAGAAGCAUCGUUGUCCGGAAAUGUGUUAGAAAUCCAGGUGAUGGGCCCCACCCCAUAUCUGCUGAAUGACAGAUUCUGGGUGAUUCUGCAACAUGCUUAAGUUUGAGAACCACUGGACUAAGUGAAGAGACUCUUGUGUUUAUUUCCUUCAGGCUAGCAGCUGGCUACCCUGACCUGCAGCUCCUCAUCUGGGGCCCCGUGUGAACCUGUGCACCCUCGUACUCCCUCAAACUUGCUAAACACCUGGGUUUGGCGUAUGAGUCACUCUGUUCCCAAGUUCUACAGUGUGGCGGCCACAGCACCCAAGAGGUGUUACUUACCCUUAAAAUUGUCAGAAGUUUAUGGAUAAUUCGGCCUAUCAUUGGGGGAAGACACAGGGGAGGCUUGCUCUUACCUGUAGCUCAGGCGUGUCCCCAGUCCCUGCCCUUGCCCUCACAAUUUUGGUUAGGUUUGGGACAGACCAGAACCCAGGGGGAACUUGGUGGCCAGUUUCCAUUUUCCCAUUUGGAGGCUUCACAGACAGUUUCCAUUUCAGAAUAGGAGGCUUUCCUUUGCAGCGCCAUGCACUGUCUCCAGUGGGCUUGCUGAGAUGUCACACAGCAAUGACUUAUUUUGGAUGUACAUCCACUAAAAAUUUUCUUAGCCCAUUUCAUCCUAAAAUAGGGGGAAAAAAAACCAUAUUCAAAGGCUACCCAUCCAACACAUCUUUUUGUCUGUUCAACAUGGGGUGGCCUUUGAAAUAGCACCUCCACUAAAGUAAGGAAAGUCAAGCAUAUUCCCAAAAGUGUUGAAGUUAGCAGAGACAGGGUCUCCCUCUGUCACCCAGGCUGGAGUGCAGUGGCACAAUCAUAGCUCACUGCA